GCCACGGUGAAGGACGUGGUGGACAUGCGCAAGUUCAUGAGGGCGCAGGUCCGCGGCAUCCUCGACAUGAGCAAGAAGACGACGGACGACGUGCUCAAAGAGGUGAAGCGGAUAGAGAGCAUGGAGACGAAGCUUGACACCAUGCUGGCGGGACUUGACAUCAAGGACGCGAAGAAGUGCCCCACCACCACUGGCGCGGAGAACAUGAUGAGGAAUGUCAUCUCGGCGAAUAGCACCAGGGACCACGAACGGGAUACAGGUAGCCCCGUGCCCGGCCACAGAGACUCCUGGCCCGCCUUCCCGAACGCGCUGAGCGGCUCCUGGAGUUCCUUCCACGACCUCGCGGCGGGCGACGGGCGCAACUGCGACCCCGCGGCGCCGGCGACCCCGCAGGCGGUUGCCCUGUCCUCCGCGGACAAGAGCAGGCUGCAGAGCAGCGUGUCGAGGCUGCUCGAGCAGAUUGAGGGGCUGGAGAAGGCGACGGGGCAGCUCCGAGAGGCCACCCAGGAGUUCAGCUCCAUGUCUCGGCGCUUCGCUUUCGCUCUGGGCCAGGCCUCGGUCCGCUGCGGCUGGGUUGGGCGCGCCGCCUCCGGUGAGGUGCUGCGCUCAAAGGCUGAAGCCGUGGUGUCCAAGUCGCCCCCGCGGCCGCGAGACGCGGUCAAGGUGAGGUGGGCGCUCAAGGCAGGCCCGCUGUCCCCGGAGACGCGGACUUCCGAGCCCGACGGCUUGUGGUUCGCACCGCUCCGCGGGUUGCCGAGCGAAGGCCGACAGCGGCGAGACGCGUCCAAGCCGACUUGCUCUGCGCGGGAGGUCCGGACUCCGCCCGGGGCCCAGGGGAGGCGGCGAGAUGCGGGCCCGCUGCGGGCCAUGCUGCGGGCGAAGGCCCGGGGUACGGGCAAGGGUACCGUCCCGACGCUGCCGCUGCUCGCCGCCUCGGAAGCCCUGCGCGGCCAGCCCAGGGCCACGGCCGCGGCGAUCGAGGCGUGCAGGGGCCCAGGCGGCUGGCGGCCCGACCCGGAGGUCAGCUUGGCCGAGGACGUGGGUCGGAACGGCACGGCGUUCGGCAAGAUACUACGGGGCGCCGCCGCUGCCAGGAUCUUGUACGAGGACGCCGACUUCUUGGCAUUCAGGAACGUGAAGCCCUACGCCCCGCUCGCGGGCCUGGUCGUCCCCCGCCGCUUCGUGCCGCAGGCGCCUCGGCUCCCCGGCGCCGUGCAGCAGGGGGAGACGCACGGGGACUGCUCGUGCUGGCUCGUGGCCGCGGGUACGAGGUUGGGCAAGACCCUCACCGGGCAUCUGUCCAUAUCCCCCGGCGUGAGUCGGUCCACUCCUAAGCCCGACUUGGGUUUUAUCGCCCUCAGGGCCCGGCUCAGGCCUCGCGGCGGCCACGGCGGCAGCCCCGAGGGGCCCCUGGUGCGCGCCGGCACGCCCGGGGGCGCCAGCGGCCGGGCAGACCGGAGAAGGGCCGCCAUGGCCGUGCUCCGGAGCGCGGGCGCCGCGCACCUGCUGAGCACAGGACUCGCUACGCUGACCCUGAACUACUGGACGCUGAGCUUCAACUUGAACAUCAUCACGAACACAGAGGGCCAGCGCAGGCACACCACGCGGCCCAUGAACUGCCACAAGUGGAACAAUUGCACGCUGAACGUGACUGGCCACAUGGACUACCCCACCCAGAUUGCGAAGGACUACUGGACAUUGAAAAUCAACUCCAACAUCAUCACGAACAUAGAGGGCCAGCACAUGCAGGAUUACAACACGCUGACCCUGAACGACUGGACGCUGAACUUCAAAUUCAACAUUUUCACGAACACAGAGGGCCAGUACGUGCAGGACUGGACGCUGAGCUUCAAGUUCAACAUUUUCACGAACACAGAGGGCCAGCACAGGCAGGACUACGACACGCUGACCCCGAACUACUGGACGCUGAGCUUCAAUUUCAACAUCCUCACGAACACAGAGGGCCACCACAUGCAGAACUACACCACGCGGCCCCUGAAUUGCCACCAGUGGAACGAUUGCACGCUGAACGUGACUUGCCACAUGCUGCUUCAGACGACGCACAAGACCAGGCUGAAUGGCAGCAACAAUACGGACACCUACGCGACGAGGAAAGAGCUCCCAGGGAUCAUAGCCAUCACGCAGGAGAUCGACGGCUACAAGUACACCCUGGACUCCCCCCUCAGGAAGAGCGACACCCCAGAGGACAAGACACGCCUGCAGGAGAUAGGGUCGCCAGCGCCCCCCUUCGCGCCGGCGAUCUUGGAAGGGCAGUGCAAGUGUGGCGUGGGCGGCUCCAUGGAGGGUGCCAUUCGGAACCGCCUGCGCCGAGCGGAGACCGAGGGCAUCGAGGCACAUACCGACAUCCCUAUUCGCGUCAUGCCCAUCUUGUUCACGGACCUCAACCAAGGGCCAGGACGACGAUCACGACAGCGCCGCACCGACAACGCAAUCGGCAGCUACCAACCCAGCGACGAGACCGAGCUCGGACGCUUGAUUCAAGACAAGUUCCUGACGCACCAGCUGACAGCCAUCAACAUGCAAACCGACCACGUGAAGCUGAAUUGGAAGAUCCACACCAAGCUAAGUAGCCUACUACAUGUUGCCGACCACAUCCACAUGAUUAUGCAGAUCAAGAUGCCUGUCAGCAGCGCCAACAUCACGAACAACAGCACCCGCUGGCACUAUGGCCUACUUGCUGCUGGGCUCCAGACGGGCGCCCACCGUGCGUCUUCUCUCAACGACGCAUACGCCGAUAUUAGCAAAGACUAG